UGUUUUCCGGUUCCGGUUGGGAACGGCCCGGUUCGGUUCGGCUGCGGAUGGCAGACUCCGGGCUGGCGGCUGGAAAAGACCGGAACCAGCACCGGGGUGUGUCACAGCAUGGGGAAGAGACGCUGUGUAUCGACUGCAGAGAACAAGCCAUCUUCAGGCUGCUGCGGAGUGAAGAAACCCAAACUGUGCCCUUCUCCAGCAGGCAGUGCCCAGCAGCCCCCAGCUCCUCAUAACUGCCAGCCCCCUGAGGACAAGACGGUGGGCCCAGGUGCCCUCACCCCACUCUCCCGUCCCAACGGGACCACAAGCACCAGGGAGCAGUUGGUGGUGUCAGCUGAAAUGGGCUGCUACUGCUUUGAUGUUCUGUAUUGUCACCUACAUGGCUUCCCACAGCCUCGUCUGCCACGUUUCACUAAUGACCCCUAUCCGUUGUUUGUUACCUGGAAAGCUGGACGUGAUAAGCGUCUUCGUGGCUGUAUCGGGACCUUUUCAGCCAUGAAUCUACACUCAGGUCUCAGGGAAUACACCUUAACCAGUGCCCUUAAGGACAGCCGCUUUCCUCCACUAACCCGCGAGGAGCUGCCCAAGCUGUCAUGCUCCGUGUCUCUGCUCACCAACUUUGAAGAUGUAGGCGACUUUCUGGAUUGGGAGGUUGGAGUCCAUGGAAUCCGGAUUGAGUUCCUAAAUGAAAAAGGAGUAAAACGCACAGCCACCUACCUGCCAGAAGUAGCCAAGGAACAAGACUGGGAUCAGAUUCAGACAAUAGACUCUCUGCUCAGGAAAGGCGGCUUUAAAGCUCCUAUUACUAAUGAGUUUAGGAAAAGCAUCAAACUCACAAGGUACCGAAGUGAGAAGGUGACAAUCAGUUACACGGAAUACAUGGCCUCCCGCCAACCAGCACAGCAAAAUGGCACUGUGCAUGCACCGCCUCAUUAUACGCAUUACUCCUGACACAGCGCUGCCCCCACCGCAGCCCUGUCCCCCGCUCGCCGGCAAUGCCUGUGACCUUCUGACAUCUGACUCCUCCUCAGCUCCCUCCUCCUGGUCCAGUUACCUGUACUACUGCACCAUCUUAUGAGCUUCACCAGAGGGGGGAGCAGUGCCCAGAGACUCGCAGACACAUGCAGCCUUACCUCACCCAAGCGCUCUCCAGGGACUAAGGAGGGAGAGCUACGGGGGAUGUUACAGUCUCCACCAACCCCUGAAGUGUAUAGGGGUCACUUGCCCCACAAAAAUAGCACUUUUAGGUUUUUACAUUCUUAACUCCUUAAUUUUUUAUUAUAUAAAUAAAUAUGUAUAUAUAUAUAUAUAUAUAUAUAUAUAUAUAUAUAUAUAUAUAUAUAUAUAGUCUUUUUCUAACCUCAAGAAAUAUCCUUAACUUACAAAAUGGGAUCUCUUACCUAUUAUGCUUGCCUUGAAUUGGAUAACAUGUACUUAGUGUGGUGCUCUGCAUCAGGAACAGCUAGGCCAACCCAGAUCUUGUGCCACACUUGUUGCUAAUGAGAGACGCGUGGCACAAAAAGACUAGACAAUAUACAAAAUAACUUUUACCUGGCAUGUGAGUUUCCAUGUGGUUUUAAUUGUUACAUAUAUAAAAAUAUAUAUUUUACCCUUAGCACUACCAUUUUUCACUUUUUAGUCUCUUUAUAUAAUAGGGAUACAACUACAACUUAACGUUUAUUGGAGCUCUGUAAUACCAUGCAGUAUACACAUGCAUUCAGGCCCAUAUUACUGAUACAAGCAUAGAAAUUAUUUAUACUAUAUUAUGCUGCAAACAAGACAGCUCUUUUAUAAUUGCCAUGGGUGGCAGUGCUUGUGGGAUCUCUGCAUUAAAAUAUAAAGAAAACACAGAUCUGGAAUAUUACCCAUGGAAACUCCUGUCCACUUUAAAGCCCAGUUUUACUUUUCUGACAGUUUUCGAAAAAAUAAAGCAAGGGAAGUGAAAGAAUCAACUUUUUUUUUCUAGCUAACAGCAUUCCUUAGGCUAGCCAUACAUGUUACGAUUUUUCUCGUUCAGUCCUUCAAACUAAAGGAGAGAAAUCAAUAGGUUUUCCUAUCUACACUAAACAGCAUGGAUGGAAGAAUCUGUCCACUUGGCAUUUGUAUUAUGACAGCUGCUGCUUCUGCAGCUGUCGGAAUACCUGAACAGUGACUGCAUUUGAUUGGCUGCAGUUAAUUGUUCAGCCAAGAAUUUCCUACCCAGUUUUUUCGAUUUUCAGAUUGAAGUUUGUCCAGCUUGGUGGUGUAGACUGAGCAUUAACCUUAUUGUUGUACAGGAUUUUGAUCUAUUCAAUAUAUUGAAUGGGAAAUGUUCACAUUUUUCAAAUUGCAGUGUGGAUUUGUGGACGGUGCUGUGUCUAUGGAAUGCUGUGCCUAUGGGACCCUUUGGAUUACUCUAAAUAUGUAUGGGGAUACAGCAACAGCUCUGUAUGAUAGUAAACAUAAUGUUAUUGUUCCUUACCAGGCAUGAUGGAUUGUUCAAGAGCUAGUACAAAAACGUUAGGUAAUCUAUACCAGUUACAAAGUUGAUUCAUUAAUUAUUUCACUGCCGAGCUUUUAUUAAAACAAAUUAGUCAGUAGGGUCAAGUUUAAUUGAAAAUUAAAGUUACUUUUGUUUUUAAAUGUUACAUUUAUACAUUACUGUUCCAUUUGUAUUCCAUGGACACUAUGUCUAUAAUGACAUAUUUUAUGACAGUUGUCAUGCCUGUUGGCAAACUGGAGAGGCAGCUCAGGGGAAGAGUGUGCACUUGUGUAGCAGGGACAGGGAGAGAGGAUGGAUUUUGCACAUGAAAUGUCAGACUUCCUUGAUGUCUUCACUACCGGAGAAGCCAGCAACGAGACAGCAAUUUUCUGGCCUCUCCGGCAGUAAAUCUGAUAAGUCCCCCCCCCCCCCCCCAAAGCAUAUACCCCCUCCCUUCCUCUGAGGAAUAUCGGAAGAUUGUUUUUCCUUUCAUGCUGCUCAGAAUAAAUUGAACUGAUUGAAUCAGACAAU